AUGCCUAGAAAAAGAUGGUAAGACAUGCCUGAUAGGACUAUUGUUAGUAAUUGUCCUGAGCAUGUUAAAUUUUGUAAUAAUAGUAUCUCAACCACAAAGUACACUCUCUUCACUUUUAUUCCCAUGAAUCUAGUUGAGUAAUUUAGUAAGUUAGCAAAUGUCUACUUUUUAUUUAUUGGAAUGAUGCAAAUGAUAAAUGAAAUAUCUAUUUCGAAUGGUUAGCCGGUUAUAUAUGUUCCGCUUUUUGUUGUUUUGAUGAUAUCUGGAAUUAAAGAUCUAUUUGAAGAUAUGAAAAGGAACAAGUCAGAUUAAGAAGAGAAUCAAAGAUUGGUAUGGACUUAUAGAAAUGGCAUGUGGAUAAGAGUAUAUUGGUAGAGUUUAUUAGUAGGAGAAAUAGUAAAAGUAGAAAAAAACUAACUCUUUCCUGCAGAUAUUUUAUGUAUGUAUACAACUGAUUCUAAGGGCCUUUGCUAUGUAGAAACUAAAAACCUAGAUGGCGAAACCAAUUUGAAGCGCAAAAUAUCGAAUAAAUCUUUAUAGCAAUUAGGAGAAGCUGCUAUUCUACAUUAAAAAUUUACUUUUAAUUGUGAAAAACCAAACCCCUACUUAUAUAAAUUUUAAGGAAACAUGGAAAUAACAGAUGGUUACGAUUAAUAGUAGAAAAUAUCCCUAGAUUACAACAAUUUUAUACUUAGAGGAUGCUCUCUGAAAAAUACAGACUAUGUAAUUGGCUUGGUUUCUUAUACUGGAAGAGAUUCUAAAAUAAUGAUGAAUACAGUAAACGCAAGAUCAAAGAGAUCUCAUAUAGAAAAAAAAAUGAAUGUUUUUAUUAGUUUGGUCUUCUUGCUUUAAAUAGUAGUAUGCUUGUCAUUUGCAUUAGGUGCUGCAAUUUGGUUUAAUUAAAAUAAAUCAAGCCUCAUUUUUAUGCUUGGAGUCAGUAGUACAGCAGAAAUAGACAACAGUUUUGGUUAUUUAUUAGUUGUGCAGUGGGGUGCUUGGAUUCUUAUAUUUACUAACUUUGUUCCUAUCAGCUUAAUUGUAACCUUGGAAAUGGUGAAAUUUAUGUAAGGAAUCAGAAUUACAUAAGAUCCAAAUACAUAUUCAAAAACUUAUGAUAUUCAGUGCACUGUGUAAUGCAGUGGAUUGAAUGAAGAAUUAGGAUAAGUAGAGUAUGUUUUUUCUGAUAAAACUGGAACAUUAACAAGCAACACGAUGAAAUAUAAAUGCUUAACAGUGAAUGGCGUAUCUUAUGGUGAGUAAGAUAAUAUGACUGAAUAAGAGUUGAUAGAUAAGCCUAAUGUAACAAAUGUUAAAUUUUUAGAUAAAAAGUUAUUUGAAGACAUGUAAGGUAAAAAAGCUAUGGGUUCAGAAUAGCAACAACAUCUUUUUACAGCUUUAAAAGUACUCUCUGCUUGCCAUACUGUGAUUACAGAAAAGACAUCAGAAGGAAUAGAAUACAAUGCUUCCUCACCAGAUGAGCUGGCACUUAUAAAUUUUGCUAAAUUUUGUGGAUUCGAGUAUCUUGGAAUUGACGAAGACAGUGUUAUGAGAAUUAAGUAAGAAAAUAUAAUGCACAGAUUUAAGGUAUUGAAUGUAUUAGACUUUAAUUCAGUAAGAAAGCGCAUGAGUAUUAUUGUGGAAGAUUCUAAUGGCAAGAUUUUCUUGUUUUGUAAAGGUGCAGACAGUGUCUUACAAAAGCUACUUGACUAAAAAUUAAAUGAAGAUCAUAUAAUAGAGUAGACAUGGAUUAACUUAGAAAGGUAUGCAUCUGUUGGUCUCCGUACUCUUGUUUUAGCAUAAAAAGAAAUUUAAAAAGAUGAGUACCAUUUAUGGAAUGAACAGUACUAAGUAGCAUGCUGCAGCCUUAAAGACAGAGAAGAAGAAAUGGAAAGGUUACAAAAAAAGAUAGAAAAAAAUCUUAUCUUAGUAGGAGCUACUGCGAUAGAAGAUUAAUUACAAGACGAAGUUUCUUCAACUAUCUAGCUUAUGAAGAAAGCUGGAAUAAAAGUUUGGGUGCUGACAGGAGAUAAAGUUGAAACAGCAGUUAAUAUAGGCUACGCUUGCUCACUUUUGAAUGAUUAGUUAAGGAGAAUUCUUGUUGAUGGUUAUAGUUUAGAAGAAGUAUAAAAAUCUUUACAGGCAGCUUACAAGUCUAUCCUAAAUGAAGUUGAAAAUCAUAACUAAACUAUCCUUUAAAGCAAUAGAAAAAAGUCAUAAAAGAACGAAAUGAUAAAGAACUUUAGUUUAGAUCUCGCUCUAAUCCUGACAGGAGAUGCUUUGAUACACUGUACAGAAAAUAAAGAGAAUAAUGAAACUCUAAUGAAAAUAUCAGAACAUUGUAAAGUAGUUCUUGCUUGUAGAGUUUCGCCUAAACAGAAGUAAGAAAUUGUGCAUUUAGUUAGAGUUGCUAAACCAGAGUCAACAACUUUAGCAAUUGGAGAUGGAGCUAAUGAUGUGAAUAUGAUAAGUGCUGCUCAUGUUGGUGUUGGCAUUAGAGGAAAAGAAGGAUAACAAGCAGCUAGAGCAAGCGAUUUUGCUGUUGGAGAAUUUAAAAUAUUAAAAUCCUUACUUUUUAAUCAUGGAAGAGAAUCUUAUAGAAAAAAUUCAACUUUGAUAUGCUACAAUUUUUACAAAAAUAUGCUAUUAGUCUUACCAUAGUGGUGGUAUGCCUUCAUUAGUGGGUAUUCGGGUUCUUCCAUGUAUGACCCUUGGAUUUAUUAACUUUAUAAUAUGUGUUACACUUCUCUUCCAAUUGUUGUAUAUGCUAUUUUUGACCAAGAGUUUAGUGAUGAAUAUUUGGUUGAAAAUCCUGAUCUUUAUGUCCAAGGUAUAAAAGGUUUACUUUUUAAUCAAAGAGAAUACUGGCUUUGGAUAAUAAAUGGAUCUUGGCAUGCUUUCUUAAGUUGUUUCAUAAGCUUUGUAGGUUUAGAUGGAACAUUUUAGGUUAAUGGAAAAGAUUUCUUUUUCUAAGCCACAGGAACUGUUACUUUCGGAGCUACUGUCUUCAUUGGAAAUUUAAAAGUUUAUAUUUUCAGCAACACUUACAACCCAGCUUUAUUGAUAAGUGUUUUUGGAAGUAUUAUCUUCUAUAUUUCAAAUCAUGGGCUGGCAAGCUAUUUCUAUGUCACAUCUGAUAUAUUCAAUACUUUUUCAAACACUUAUUCAAGCCCUUACUUUUGGUUUUGUUCAAUAAUAAUUAUAGGAAUCGCUACUAUAUUUGAUUCUACUGAUAGAAGAUGGGAAUAUUUUAGCUAAGUACUUAAAAGACAAGAUGAAAAGAAAUUAGCUUUACUUAAUGAGGCUCUAACAUAUUAAUAAAAUGAAGGAUUAAAUCUUGAAGGUUCAAAAAGUAAUUCAGCAGAAAAUAAAAAUUAUUAACAAGAAAACAGAGACGAGAUUAUAACGUGUGUUGGGAUGCUCAAAAAUGGAUACUAAACUUAAGAACCAAUAAAUCUAAAGUAGCACAAGCCUCUAUAUGGAGAAGAAGAAAAGGUGCCUUCCAGCGAAUCUCUUAGCAAUCCUCCUUAUCCAAAUAAAUCCGCUAAGACUGUAUCUAACCAUUAAAAUUCCCACAUGAAUUCUAAUUAUCUUACUAGCACUAAGCCAUACACAGGAUAUGCUUUUUCUCAAAUAGAGCCCAUCACAGAAGCUUAAUAAAAGUAUACUUACUGA